CUCCUUGGGGUGGAGGAGGGGCAGGGGACGUAGGCUUGCGUGCGCGCGUGCGUGCGCGAACCAGGCGGCGGAAAGGAAGUGAGAGCUGGGCUAGAGUCUGAGCCCAGGGACCUGGCAACAAUGGAAGACUAGCUAAAAAUACUAAGACUUUGGAAUGGAAAGGGACCUGGUUCUUCCUGAAGGAUCUGUAUUUGUUAUUCCAAACACAAUCAGAAAGCUGCUCGAAUCAGCAUGAAACAUAUCUUUCUGUAUGGGACUCUUAAAAAAGACCAACCCAACCACAGCUUCAUAAACAAUUCUGCCUGUGGGAGAGCAGAAUUCGAAGGCCUGGGUCGCACAGUAGAUCCAUAUCCUUUGGUGAUUGGAAGCAAAAAUAACAUUCCCUUUUUGCUGAAUGUCCCAGGAAAAGGACACCACGUUACUGGAGAGAUCUAUUCUGUUGAUGACCAGAUGCUGCAAUUCCUUGAUGAAUUUGAAGGCUGCCCAGACACGUACCAACGCACUCCAGUGAGGAUUGAAAUAUUAGAGUGGGAAGGUAAAAGCAGUGCACCUGAGGAGAGGCCAGCUGUUAACAGCAUUAUGGAAUGCUUUGUGUACAGCACAACUAACUACCCGCCAGAGUGGAUAAAUCUCCCUUACCAUGACAAUUAUGAUUCCUUGGGGGACCACGGUCUUCGUUAUAAUCCACGGGAAAAUAGAUGAAAAAUGGAAAGGAACACUCAUGAGUAAGAUGAAUAAAACACAUGUUGAUUAUAA